AUGUCUCAUAAAAAGCACAAGCAGAAAAGAAAACAUAAGAAAUCAAGCAGUGAUGAUUCUUCAUCAGAUAGCGAUUAUGAAUGGACUCAAGGUGAUACAGAUCUACAAAAAAAGUCUACUGAACCAACUACUGUACAAGAAAACACUUGGAUCACUGAUGUUAAAUCUUUGGACUGCUUCUUUGAUACAUUUACUUCAAAGUCAAAUGGAACUAAAACAACGAAAAGUAGUCAGGAUAAUAGCUAUAAAAUAAAUGAACUCAAUCCCUACUUGAAGGAUGGGGGAAGUGGUUUACCUUGUAAUGAAACUUCUUCAAAAUCUAUAUUAACAGAAGAAAAUCAAUUAUGGCUGUACAGGUCAUUCAUUCAUUGUGCUAACACUUCUAAAGAAACUGGUGUUAGUUUAAGAGAUUUAUUACUUCAGCGGUGGGAUGAGGAUACUGUGAAUGAUAUGUUAAAUAGAUUUGGAGAUAGACAUGAAAACAGAAAGUGUUCCAAGUCGCAGCAUAAUUCUAGUGCAUUCGACUCGAAACCACGUUGGCGCAAAUCCCAGACUACUACUCCUACUAUUAACGAUAGUAAUUCAUCCUCUUCACACACCAAAGUAGUUUAUUCACCUGAACAUACUGAAUCAUUAUCAAGCGAAAAAUUAACCCCGAAGCCGGAAAACACUGUCAGUGAAUGUCAAAGAACAUUUGAAGAACGUCUAGUUACAAACGAUGAUAUUAAUUUGAUGGCUGCAAAGGUGAUGCGAGCAGAAUUAGAGUCUAAUCCUGCAAAAGCAGAAAAAUUAAAGGCAAAUUUAAAUAAAUUACGUGAAGCUAUGCGUCGUGGUAUUAAAGUACGACUUCAUACCAUACAAAAGAAAAAAGUAAUCAAUAAUCAACCAGAAAAUAGUCAAUCUAAAGUAAUCACAUUAACACGUUUAAAUGACCAAGGUGUUGAAAUGCCAGUACAUAUACGUAAUCUUCCAGGAACUUCACAUUCCGACGAUAAAAGUUUACAACGUUUUAAAUCACAUGAUUCAACUGGACAACGAAUAGCUUUCUUCCCAGAAGAUAAUACAAAUCAACAAGUUUCUGAUAUGAUACGUGAUGAACGUUUACACUCAGCUGGUGAUAUGGAUUUGGAAUUUUCAAAACUGGCCAGAAAGAGUGUUGAGGAUGAAUAUGCUGAUACGUUUGUGAAAAAACGAGUACAUGCUGAAAAAGAAGCUAUUAAGUGUAAACAAGAUGCUAUCUCAUCUUAUAAGAGAAGAGUAUUUGCUGAGUCAAAGUGUUUAGUUUGUCUAGAUCGUGUUCCUAAAUAUUUAAUUGUUAGUCUUGGUGAAAAGGUGUUCCUGUCUUUACCUUCACAUAUUAGUAUGACACCGGGUUAUUGUUUACUUACACCUUAUGAACAUGUUAGUUCAACUACUCGACUAGACGAAGAUGUCAUAAAAGAAAUUCGAUAUUUCAAAUAUCAAUUAACUGUAAUGUUUGAAGAGCAGUACAAUCAAUCAGGUUGUGUUUUCAUUGAAACUGCUUGUAAACCUGAUACUAUUCGUCAUCAUGCACAAGUGGAGUGUAUUCCUGUUUCUAAAAAUUUAUACAACUCACUACCUGCUUACUUUAAGAAAGCCUUAAGUGAAAUCGGCUCUGAAUGGGAUCAAAAUCGUCGCUUAAUCACACUAAAACCGGGUGGAUCUGGUGCAUAUGGUGCAAUUCCUCCGAAAUUCGCUUAUUUAGCUGUAGAAUUCGGUACUAAAAAUGGUGGUUUUGCACGUAUUUUAGAUGAAGAACACGAAAUAUCUUCAUAUUCCGGUCGUGAAAUCAUAGCUGGUGCACUAGACAAAGAACCUCGUCUAUGGCGUAAACCAAAAUUGGAAAAUUUUGAACAUUUACGUCAAAAAGUCGUAACAUUUGAAAAUUUAUGGCAUAAAUAUGAUAAAUGGCAACAGAAUAAAUUGAAUACUCAUGCUUCAAAUGAUGCCCAUUUACUUAAUGAUGAGAAGUCAUGUGCACAGAAUAAUGAAUUUGAGCCAGAAGGUCCAGCUCUACCACCGGGAUAUUGAAUUUUGUAAUUGUAUCAUAUAUUUAUAUAUAAUGUACAUAUAUAAAUAAAAUACUUUUAAU